AAUCUCGUGCUGUUCACUACGCUGCAAGUCGUGGCCAUAUACAUAUCUUAGAGGUACUCCUUGAACAUGGUGCUGACUUGAAUGCCUUGGAUGCAAACAAAGGAAAUCCUGUACACAGUGCUGCUGGAGGGGGUAGACUUGCCACUGUUGUGUGGUUAGUGGAAAAAAAAGUACAACAUGAUCUGAAGGACAAGAACUCAAGGACACCUGAAGAUAUGGGACAGCUAUAUGGUUAUCAUCAUGUAGCAUAUUGGUUACUCAAGCAGAAUGCCAGUGAAGAUACCAGAGAACAUACACAAGUGGAAAUAAGUCGAGAGGAAUAUGAGCGAAUAGGAUCCAUAACCCUCAAAUGGGCUAGAGAAGGGAAUUUAUUUUUUCUCACCAAUAACCUCCCAGCACGACCUUAUCGAAUUCAUUACCAAGACGAAAACGGAUGGACACCUUUACAUCAUGCAGCCUUUAAUAACCAGGUUGAAGCAGUAAGAACUCUCUUGGAGAUGGGUGCUCUUCGUUCAAGUUGUACUCAUGCUCAGGAAACUGCAGCAGAUAUUGCUCAGUCCCAAGGGCAUUCAGAAUUGUACGAUAUUCUCCAAAUUAGUACCUCAAGCUCUUUAAGUACAAAGACUAGGGUUGAAAGGGUUCAAAUGUAUGGUCAUCUGCUGAGGGAAAUAAGCUGUGCAGAGCUUCACAUUCAUGGAUCUACUAAUGACAACAUGGAUAUGCAACAUCGACAUAGUGUUGUAAAAAAUGUAUCUCGUCUUAUUGAUAAUGGAUCACCUCUGCAGCCUGUUGGAGGCCACACUGCUGUGGCACUUCAUUUAGCUAUCACUUCAAACUGUACAGAUCUACUACCGCUGUUGUUGAGUUCAGGGGCUCCUCUGACUACCACUACAAGUGGCAUGAGUGUGCUUCAGUUGGCUUGGCUGUGUCCAGAUGUUACCACACACAUUGCAGUAAUGGUGACAAGGAUAGUAAUCCAUAAAUUGAAAGAGGAAGCAAAACGCAUUGGUUCUGAGGAGUUGGCAGAUGAAGAACUCAAGCACGGUAUAAGUACAAUGCUGAAAACGAUGGAAGGGAGUCAACCAUGGCAUGCUGAAUGGCCAUCCAAUCUUCGUGAAACUAAGAAACUCACUGCCUUGCUUGUUCGUGCCUCCCGAUGGGGAAUACCACUGACAGCUUCUUUUAUACAGAAAGCAGGUGGUUCUGUAACAUCAUUGGACGUUACUGGCUCUAGUGCACUUCAUUCUGCUCUUGAUAAUGGUCAUAUAACCACUGCUAAAACUCUGAUUCAGCACAUGGGAGCUAAUCUUUUUCUUCAAGAUGCUCAAGGACGCCUUCCAUUUCAUUUGAUGGCAGAAGAAGACAGGCAACAUGUGUUGGAGGAAUCCAUGAGCCAUGACUAUCGUAUCCUUGUGUCACUGAGAGAAAAGGCUCGAAGUGAAGAAGAAAAGCAGACAGCAUCAUGUAUUCUUAUCUUGCUGGCCAUUUUGUAUGUGCAGGUUGAUCUAAAGUCUAGGGGAAUAGUAAGAGAUGACUCAUGGAAAGAAGUCUUUGCUUAUACAGUAUCAUUCAUCAAAGGUGAAAAUAGCAAACUCAAGUUUCAUAGUGAUGAAAUUUCAGGUAAUGAAUGGCUGAUUUGUUUGCUGGAUGACCUGAAGACUAAUUUCAGUAGUGAAAGUCAACAUGAAAGUGAAGUAGAUGAAAUAGGGCAAAAUAGAGAGGGCAUAAGUACAAUGACUGAUAAAGACAUACAAGAAGAUUUUGAAGCAGAGGACGAGUAUUUCUUUUCUGUAAUUGAUGUAAUUAAACAAAGACUCAUGGGCACUAUGGAUGAUAAAGAUAAUUUUGAAUUAGAUGCUGAUAUGAAAAAGCUUUUGUUGAAAGCAGCUUAUAUCAGCUGUGAAUCAUGCUUACCCCUUCUUCUUCACUUAUUGUUGACCAUUGGUGGUAUUCAUCCAGAUACUGUUUUAGAGCCUUUGUGUGGAGCAACAGCAUUGCAUUUGACUGCUUGGCGUGGACACUUGGGAUUGUGUGAGUAUCUCCUGAGUUGCCAAGCUAGCAACACUACAUUAGAUCGAGCAUUAAACACUCCAGCCCACCUUGCCUAUAUGUUUGGACAUUCUGUGGUUGGUGUUCGUCUUUUAGAUGGCGUCCAGGACUGGAAGAAUAGGGCAGGGAGGAUACCCACAGAACUGUAUAUAAAUUUUAAAAAGUAUACUUCCUUAUAUGGUCUGGAUAAAUUAAUUCCAAUUAAGGUUAAGGAACAAAAUAAUUCUAGUGCACUUAUUAAGGGACAUCUUGAGGAGUUCAAAAAGUGUUGGCCAGAUAUCUCAUUGGCAGUGGAAAAAUUUCAUGUUGAUUUUACAAAAGGUGAAGCACAUCAGAUUCAGGAAAGUAUAUUCAGAAAUCUUCAGAAACUUCUGAGGAAAGUUGGGGAAAUAGACCAACUUUUUGAGGGUAAAGUUAUUUUACUUGGUAGCAGUGCAGAUAACCUCCGACUAUUUGCACCAGAUGAAUAUGAUUGUAAUGUUGAAUUUCAAAAUGUGAGUGGUUUCCCAGGAGGAGGCUUGAACAUUGAAAUUGUGCCAGUUCCUCCAUCAGAUGGAUAUAAAGGUCAUAAAAAUUGUUUGAAAGUAUCUCCAACAAACAGAGAAGUAGAGCAGCUUGUCAAAGGAUCAAAUUUUGGGGAAACUUUUGCCAAAUAUAUAAUGCAAGCAUUAGAUAACUUUGAUCUCAGUGAUGAUCAAUUAAACUUUUUGCCCCCUACAAUAAGGAAAACACAAGUUGGAGUGAAUAUAUCCUUUUCCUGGGAAGGUACAGAGUUUCCUUUGCUGUUCAUUAAUGUAGAUUUAGUUCCCACACUAAAAGCACCCUGGCCCAAACAUGAACCAAGGCCUACAUUAACUCCUGAAAAUUUAGAUUUGGUACAUGUAAGUCAGACAGGCAAGAAUGAAUGGCGCUACUCAUUUGCUGUAGUAGAAAAUAUGAUAUUACUUUCCCUGUCUCCUGAUCAACACAGGGUAUUUUUGGCUUGCAAGCUCAUGAUAACAAAUCUUAAAACUGAGUCUUGGGCGCCACGUGACUCUAAAGAGCAGUACACAUAUUGGGUUGGUCACAGGUUUAAGAUACCUGCCCCUGCUGGGUUCAUAUUGAAAAGUGCAUUCAUGAAGGAAAUGGAGGAAAUACGGAAUGACUCCAUGUGGGGGAAGACUUUUCUUUUAGAGAGAAUGUGCUCAAUUUUUCAGAGAAUGUGUAAAGUAGAUAUAGACCCAUAUAGUGGCAAAAGAAAAUACUAUCAUGCUAAGAUGAGUCCUUAUUUUGGAGGAGAUAUUGAAAAACCCACUGUAGGUCUCAGUGCUCCGGAGAUUUUAAAGUUUCUGGAAUCAUGGUAAUUUACAAGUCAGUUACCAGGUAGAAAGUCCACUUAACAAGCAUCUAAAACACAAUUAGAGGGUAUUAGAUGCUACUUCUCAGAAAAAUAUUGACCCCAUGAAACUUACAUAGCCAAUGCAUAUUUAUAUUAUCUCCAUUCAACUACUUUUAUCCUUAAGAGUUACUGAAUUACUGGUCAUUAGCAUGCACAUGUACAAGCACCCGCACCCGCACCCGCACCCGCACCCGCACCCUCACCCUCACCCUCACCCUCACCCUCACCCUCACCCUCACCCUCACCUCACCCUCACCCUCACCC